CAUUGUGGUGCUAAAUUGAAGAGUUAACAACACUGGAGGUAUAUCGUUGCUGUCGUACUCGCGUAAAGUCAUCGUCAGUGGGAUUUUCGUAGAAAUGCGUUCCAAUAUUCACAAACUGUUUUUAAAUUAAAACUUCUUAAAUAAUUCGGCAAUCUGUUUUAGUCAAAAUUAUGUAAAAAAGUUGUCAGAUAAUCAAUAAAUAAAGAAAAAGUACAAAUGUGUUGAAAAGUCCUAAAUUUGGAUAAAAUGUGCGAAUAGGAAACGAUAAGAGAAAAUUCCAAAGAGAAGAAAACAAGGUUAAAAAGUGGGAAGAAGUUGAAGUGGAAAUAGAGAAAGCAAAAGAAGAAUAAGUCUAAACAAAAGAAGGAAAUUGGUGUAUUGAAGAAUCGCAGUGAUAAUUACGAUUCGUGAUUUGAGCAACCGGGGAAAGUUGCGCGUGAGUUUCUUUAAUUAAAGUUCUACAAGAGAGAAAUAUUAGGCAAACAUUGCAGCUCUAUCUGCUGCAUUGCGUACGUGAAAAAACUGCAAAAAAUAUGCAAAGGGGGCACGGCCCCAAAAUCACGGUCGCGUCAUAAUCAUUUGUUUCCAUUGACUAGUAAAGAGGAAAGAAAAAACGAGAAAAAAUUGAUCCCGUCAGUCAUUGGCUUGUUAGCGAUAUAAGUACUAAUUCCGACAAGACUGGAUUAUUGUUAAAAUUUAUUCAUUAUGGAUGAAGAUGACAAUGCAUCCAGUGGUGGGGACAUAAACCAUGAUGUAGUUUCCAGUGAUAGACUUGGUGCUGGUGGAGUUGGAAACAGUGAUAUAUCUAAUGUUGAUACAACUACAACUGAAGAGGAUGAAUCUGACGAUGUUGAUAUUUCGAUGGUAGUGAAUUUACCAUCGGGGGUUUCCAUUAGCACCUCAGUUAGUUCAGAGUCGCGACCACAGCCUUUAUACGUCGCUGCUCCAGCGGCAACCACAUCCGGGCGGGUCGUACUCGAUUUUCCUGAUUGGGAAUCAGUAGGCGCGACAGAAACGGAUGAUGGCUUGCUUACUGAUGCUUCGUCAAAUGCUUCGAUUUCAGCAACCGCUACAGGUAGCACGGCCGGCAGCUCUGGAGGAGCUAAGCCUAGUUUUUUCUUUGGUACAUCGUCAUCUUUUAGUUUAAGAAGUCGAAAAGAAGUUGCAGCACUUAUUAAUGCAGAGUGUUGUCGUGGUGGAGCAACACCUGAGUUGGACGCUGUCAUGGACAAGCUCUUCAAUCCAGGAACCCCCAUAGAUAAUGCCGAUAAUAUAGAGUGGAUUCGAUGGUUAAUUGCUGGCGGUCGUACACCGCAGGAAUUCGUUAAAAUUGUGCGCAGUUAUGAUAAUCAUGCGAAAUGUGGUCUAGUAUGGGUACCGCACGUAGUGGCGUACCGAUGUCGUACAUGUGGUAUUUCGCCAUGUAUGUCCAUUUGUCGCGACUGCUUCAAGAAAGGCGAUCACACCAAUCAUGACUUCAACAUGUUCUUGUCGCAAGCAGGUGGUGCCUGCGAUUGUGGCGAUACAUCUGUGAUGAAAGCGGAGGGAUUCUGCAGUGACCACGGCAUCAAUAACCGAGCCAAUAAAGAGCCUGUUCCGUCUAAUUUGCUAGCUGUGGCAGAAGCAAUAAUGCCCAAAUUGCUGUUCCGAUUACUUCAGCACUUUCGGGAGCAUAGUGACGCAACAUCACAAACGUAUAACCUGGCCGCAUAUUCAUGCGAGGAAUUUGCGAAUAUGUUGAUCGAUCUGAAUAAUAUGGGUGAAAUAAUGCGUAAAGUGAUGACACGGGCCCUCAUUAAUACUGAUGUCUAUAAAUUUUUUACUGAAUCACCUUGCUUAGACACACGACAUGGCCGAUUUCUGAAGUCGAAUCGUGAGAAAUAUGAAGAGGCUGUCAACCGUUUUCCUCGUCCUGAGCCGCCUGAUGAUUAUAAACAUCUACCUGCGUUGGGAGAAAAGCUCGUGCACACAACUCUUUUGGAGGAAUUCAUAUUUUGGACAUUUAAAUUUGAAUUCCCUCAAAAUUUGGUGUGUUUCCUGCUUAAUAUGCUGCCCGAUCAAGACUAUAAGGAACAUUUGACACGAACUUUCGUGAUGCACUACAGCCGCAUACCAUCCGUUUUGGAAAUGUCGCGCGAUCCAGAUACACUUAGUAAUCGAGUUGUACACAUGAGCGUCCAACUGUUUUCAAAUGAAAGCUUAGCUUUGAAAAUGGUUAAGGAACUGUCUUUACUGCAUGUAAUGAUCAUCAGUCUUAAGCUGAUGAUGUCGAAGAUACUUAUACAAAAUACUUUACACGAUCCUAACAAAAAUUUUCACUUUGUAAUUGACUGCACGCGUCAAGUAAUGAAGGAUCAUUGCUAUUGGCCUCUGGUGUCGGACUUCAACAAUGUACUCUCUCAUGAAUCAGUAGCUCUGGUGUUCUUGCGUGAUGAUAAUCUAAUUGACAUGUGGUUUCAGUUUCUAUCAAUGCUGCAAGGCAUGAACGUAAAUGUGCGAGAGACCACCUCGCACGUAGAAUUCGAACCUAAUUCAUAUUAUGCGGCAUUCUCGUGCGAAUUGGAAGCAAGCGCUUAUCCCAUGUGGUCUAUUAUAUCGCAUCUGCAGGACGGAACACAUGCUCAUUUAGCCAAAAAGAUAAUCACAUACUGUGUCAAUACUCUACAUGAGUGGUUGGAUGCCAUUUACUUUUUGGAACCCAAACUGUCGCCGGAUGAAAUGAUGCAAGCCUCCUUUCACUUCCCACUUCAUCGUUAUUUGGCAGCGUUUCUUUGUCAGGCUGUUACCAAAAUGGGGAUGUCAUUAUCGGAAGUACUGCCCACAAGGUCCUAUAUACUGCCACUAUUAAUGAUACAUCCUCUGCGCGUGCAGAGUUUCUUCUAUGAGAUUCUGGCUGGAAAAUGGGUGCGCAACGGAUUACAAAUCAAAGGCCAAGCCAUGACCUAUAUACAGGCGAACUUUUGCAAUUCUAUGGCUGAUAUGGACUUAUUCUUUUUGCAAAUCUGCGCUACAAAUUUGCCACAGUACUUCUUUUUGCAGAACACAAUCGAGCUGUUUGGUGUUGGCCAGUGGUUAGAGUUGGCACCUUUAAAGCAACCUCAAAAGAUGGAGCAAUGCUCAAUGUUAGAGGGAUUUCUAACGUUCCUAGCAACACUAGUUACCAGUCGCACCAAUCUAGGUAACGACGAGGCUACACAAUGUAUUAUUGAGAUCAGCGCCUUACUGGCUACGGAAAAUAAAACGCAUUCACAACUGCUCGAGUUGAUGCCUGAGAGAUCUGGUAAUGUGCAUACGAAAAAUUUCGAAAACUUCCUUAAAAAGUUGUCGGUGUACAAGGCACCGUCUUCAGGCUCGGAGAAUUUGGAACAGGGUCUUUUCACGCCUAUAGACGAUGUGUGGGAGGAGUAUUAUGAUCCUUUGCAUGUACUACUACGUGCAGUACAUCGUCGGGAUUUUCAAUCGUCUCUCGAUCGGUUUACAAACUACGUCAAGAGUAAAAAUAAGAUGCCAGCGAGCGGCAAUUUAUGGCCACCGUUUCGUAUGCCACGUCCUGUGGGUGAAGCCUUCAACGAUCCCUGUCGGAUUUUGAACUCUCGGAUAUUUCACUCGACCAUACUGUCGAUUUUGUUUCGGGCGGUGCACUCACGUGAUGUGUCUGAGCACUUGUUAGCACUGGCAAUUUUUCUGUUGGAAGUUGCUGUCGAAAAGAGCGAGGAUGCUAUCAGCUCUAGCAAUGAUAAGGCUGCUGUAGUAGAGUGUGAGCCGAAAGGCAAACCUGGUUACUCAUUUGCAAUGAGACGCGAUCCACCCAAACUUUUCCAUUGCUAUCCGACAGAUAAUCUUAGAUGCAAUUUACGAUACGUUGUCACGAAACUUUCCCUAAAGUCUCACGAGCCACAGGUAUCGCCAGCGAAUUAUCGUUCCAGUCAAUUUUACGGAGAUUUGGAUUAUGAUGUGGAAACAGAUGCGGCGGGGUCUUUGCCUAUGAUUGGUGGUAGUGAUGAUGACUUGGAUGAAGAUUCGAUGAGUGUAAGUGUGAUGGGUCCGACCUCGACUGCAAUGGUACGCAUGCAGAAUAUGGAGGUGGCUUUGCCACCGGACCUUUCUGUAGUGCCAGAACAGGGCUUGGUAAUCAGACAGGAUAGUGAAGAAGACGAUACGUUGCCAGAGACGGAUGAUGCUAUUGAGGGUGCCUCGCCAUCAGUUGGAUUUCGUUUCUCGUUGCAACCUAUUACAUUGCCCGAGAGCGGAAUGGAAGUGGCUAUACGCAGAGAAUUGCAGAUGCUAGCUGGCGGUAGCGUUACGACUGGUGGUGCAAGUAGCACGUCGGGCGGUGGCUUAAGAAGGACUACGGAAGCUCAACACCACCCACAGCAACAGAAUGAGAUGUUUUCACCUACCACUAACAAUACUAACAGUAUGUUACUACCAUUUCAACGAGUGCAGCCUGUGGCUGUGCCGGUCAGUAACAGAAGUAUAGUUCCCGCAACAACAAUGCGAGGCGUUUUAGGAGUACCUACUUUGGGCGGACGUCGGGGUUUCGAUUCGGGCACACGUAAGCGCACUACACAAUUGGUGGACAACGCAAUCGGGGGACAAAACAAGGACGAAGUUCCCAUCGAGGAGAGCAUUCUUUCUCUGCUUUUAAAGCUGCAUUCCCAACUUAGUGGUACAUUGGAUAGUUUCUCAUUGAGUGAUGUUGAAGAUGAGGAGGAAGAAGAAGAGGAAGAAGAAGAUGCAGCAGAAAUGAUGCAAAUUCCUAAUAGAAACGUGGAAAAAGAAAACGCUGAAUCAGGAAAAACAGCGACAGCCUCAUUUGUAAGUAGUUCCGACAUAGGAGGAGUAUUUAAGGUAGACGCAUCAAGUGAGAAAUCGAAGAACACCUUUGAAUCUCCUGCCGCCAUGGAUAUAGACUGUUCGGAGGCAAGCACUUCGGCUGCUGCUUCCAACUUGAGUUUGGAUUCUAGUCAACGAGAACACCAGUACAGCAGCACAAGUAGGAAGCGAAGUCGUAAUUAUAAAAAAAUACGCGUAUCUGAUUCGCGUAUUGGCGAUGGUCCAUAUUUUAUCGGUAAUCUUAUACGUAAAAUAGCCAAACGCGAUGAGUUGUGUGCCCAAAGCAUUGACGAGAUACGUUCGAGACUUUGGCCAAAUCAACGAGAGAAGCAAGCCGAACAAAAGGCGCGCGAAGCCAGGGAAAAAGAAGAGCGUCGGAAGCGCGCCCGCGAACGACAAAUGAAGAUGAUGCAAGAUUUCGCAAAUAAACAAAAAGAAUUUAUGCAAACGACAGCUCAUAACAUGGAGUGCGGUAUGGACGACGAAGAUGACGAUCUGUACGAAGAGCAGCCGCGCGAAAAGGAGUACGACUGUAUUAUUUGCAACUGCACGACACCUAGUACGGAAUCCAAUCCUAUUGGGCUUGUGGUAUUAGUAGAAUCUAGUGGCAUUGUCGGACAUCGACGUCGUACUGCUGAACGUUUGCCGCUACCGCUUUGCGACGAAGACGAAAAGCGUCUGCAGCAGACCACACGGUUAGCUACUGAGUUUAACCGACGCACUGACCUAUUGAGUUUGAAGUUUGGCGAAGAGUCUUGGUAUCUUUCCAACAACAUGGCUUAUGAAAAUGGUGUGCACGUGCAAUCAUGUGGCCACCAUGUUCACCUCAGUUGCCUCGAUGCUUACUUAAAAACACUGUACGCGACACAGCGUCAGCAUCAACAUGAACGCGGGGAGUUUUAUUGUCCAGUAUGCAGGCAGCUGUCAAACUCGGUAUUGCCAUUGAGCCCCCAACUGGACAGACCAACUCCCAUGGUGCGCUCGGGUACGCAACCGUUUGAGCAACUAGUUGCGGAGUUGACGAACCUAAUCAAAGAAAACGUGCGGCCAAUGCAGACGUCUACGAAGCUCUCGGAAGCCAUGGGUCGUGCUAUGGAGGACAUGACUAAUAUAACUCAUCGUAAAAUGAAGCGAGUACCACCAACGUUUCGCAGUUUAUUUGUCUUCGUCACUUCAAUCGCCCGCACGAACUUAGAGUCUGAAAUUAUACAGCGUGGCGGAUCUCUAUGCACAACUAAUCUCACACGUUACAAGCCCAAGCGUGACUGCAUUGUUCCCCUUUUGCAUGUAUUGUCAGUACAUGUUCGGGUGCUGGUCGAAUGGCCCCUGUGGCGGUCGUGGGCUUCACUUGCUGGUUUACCAGUGACCGAUGCGGCUCCAGUGCCUUCGCAUUGUCGCGAACUGAUACCAAGCCUUUUAGCCGAUCCCAUAGCAUUGCUGCUGAAAUUUAUUCUACUGGCUCCUUUACAUCUGGACCAAGAUUUCUUCACAUGCAUGGUAAAGGUUAUGUACAAUUUGUUGUACUAUCAAAUAGUCGUACAACUUUGUGUUACGCUCACUGACAUGGAAUGUGAUUACAUCAUAUCCAAAUAUAACAAAUCUCCUUCCGUGGAUGACGGUGACGCUGGCUCCCGUCGUAACUCCUCUCGAACAAGUGGUGGCGGUGCAUCGAAUAUGCCCUAUUUAGGCCGCGCUAUGGCGUUGGUAUUGAAUCACACAAAUCGCAUGUCGCAUUUGCGUCGUGAAAGCAUACCGAGUACUUCAACGGCCGCUGCAAUGGCCGCAAUGACAGCAUCGGCUGGAUUAAAUACAUUCUGUAAUCCUGCAUACCCAUCGACUAGCAGUGGAAAUGGCGUUGGCGCCGGAGCUCCAAAUUCUCAGGUUGAAGUAAACCUAAAAUCCAUGGAAGCUCGAUUGCAAACACUUUGCCUGCCCUUUCUGCGUAUUGCAGCACUGUUAAGGCAACAUCUUUAUAGGCAUGACAUGCCUGAGAUAUCAGCACCAGGCUUAGAGUUUGUACGACUCGUUUAUUACUUGGAACUAGUAAGUGACUCCAUGGAUUGGGACUGCUUUAAUGCUUCAAAAGGUUUAUGUUUUAUCGCUGGCACUGAACAAACUUUGCCCAAGUUUUGGUGUGAGCAACUGAUGGAUAUUCGACCACCAACCGAUACGGUGCGCGAGCUCGUCAUCAUAAACCAGCACGCAUCCUGGCAGCAACCGAAACUUCUUGAGCUACCACGCGAGUAUGAGCGCUUAUUCACGUAUUAUCACGAAAGACCUUGUCUGAAUUGCUACAAAGUGCCAAAGGAGAGCUCCAUUUGUUUAUUGUGCGGCACAAUAGUGUGCCUUAAACAAACUUGCUGUGCAGAAAACGAUUGUUGCGAGGCUGUGCGCCAUACAAUAACUUGUGGAGGGGGAAUCGGAAUCUUUCUUGUAGUUACAUCCACAUACAUAAUAGUGAUUCGGGGGCGACGCGCCUGCCUUUGGGGAUCGCUGUAUUUAGAUGACUUCGAUGAAGAAGAUCGGGAUCUUAAGCGUGGAAAGCCACUGUAUCUCAGCCAGGACCGCUUCACAUUAUUAGAGUCGCAAUGGCUUUCACAUAAGUUUGCGCAUACGAAACACACUUGGGUGUUCCAUCGGGAUUUGUUGUGAAAUAUGGAAGAAUUAUUAAGAAGCAUACAAGAGCUAGUGGGACAAAUCUAAAUAGUUGUUCGCUUAGCAAAAAAUGUAACGAAAUACGUAUAUUAUGAACAAUAUGUUCAAGUCUAAUUUAAAAUAUGAAAAAUCUCGAAAAGUUGACGAGACAAAGCAGUAAAAUAAUAAUCAGUCGUGUUUGUAAAAUGCGUUACAAGUAAAAUGCAGCAAAUAAUCGCUUUGCUUUUAUAUUAUUUAUAAGCUAUAGGAGUUUCAGUUGUACUGCAGUUUAUUUGCGUUUAAAUAACGUAGCUGAAAACGCGGAAAAUAAAUAUGAAAACCGAAAUGGAAAAUGGCUUAUGAGAAGCUGGAGUUUGUCAGAUCUAAUAUUUAAAGCAAAUGAAAUGUUUAAGCAAAAAUCAAAAGGCAGUUUAGAAACUAAGUGUUAUCCAAUUACAAACUUUUGUAACGGAUAUUCAAAUAUUGCUGAAGUGUUCUUUAUAUUGAUAUUACAAUAACUUGGAGUAGUGUUCGAAAAACAAUAAAUAUAGGAUAAAACAUCCGGUUACAGCGGUUAAAACAGCAUAAAUAUAAAAAAUAUACAAUCUGUAUGCACAGAUUUGCAAUGGCGAUUGGCAUAUGGCAUAUGGCAAUUUCAAGCCGGUCUUGGUAUGGUGUAUUUUAUGCUUGUGUAAUAUAUUUGCUAUGAGAAAUUCAUUUGACUAAGGCUAGAGAAAGCAAAAUGGAAACAUAUAAUAGUUUAAAACGUAAAAUAUUUAAUAUUCAUUUAUGUGAUAUAAAAUAAUAUUAUGCGACAAUUAAAUAAAAAUGUGAAAGAACUAAACGUAUUUGAAUAUUCGGAAUGAGACUUAUUUUUUUCAUUUUGCAUUCGAAAUAAGAAACUAUAGUAAUCAAAUUGAAUGAAUGGGUGACAUUUAAAUUACGAUAAUGCUCUUAUAUUUAAUAUUAUCAUUAGCUAGAUGAAGAUAUAAAUUUCUUUCGAGACACAUUAUUUAAUGAAAUAAAGAAAAAUAAAUCGUACUUCCAACAUA